UUUGAUUUCAACAAAGACCGACGCGCAUUGAAACCUUCUACGUCUCCUCCCUGUCGUCGUCGUCGCCAUCGUCGUCUUCCAAUCCCAAAAUUUCAGCUUCUUCUAGAGAGAGAAAGUAGAAAGAGAGCAAUAUAUCCACACGGACUAUCUUCGCCAUCUCUUUGUCGCGCAAAUCAUGGCGUAAUCUUCUUUAACCCUGUCUGUCCCCUCCUCCCUCCCCAGUUCCUUUCUUAUUAUUCUCUUGUCAUUUCAAAUCCCCAUCCCUUACAAUUAUAUAUAUACAGAGAGAAAGUGAAAAGAUUGUAGUGUUUCAGCUUAUAUUUUCAAUCUUCAAUUUUAGAGAGAGCGAGUCGAGAAAUAAAGUAACAUUGGUUUUGGGUUUGAGGAGCUGAAAUCUUUGGGAGAUUCAUGUUAUCAGUUCAUACACGAGCUUGAACUUCGAAUCCGUUACAGUACUGAAGCCGAAUUGGUCUUUGGUUUUUAGGGUUUGCGGAGCAAAGAAAAGGGUAUGCUUCUUUACUCAUAUUGAUUUCAUUUCUAGGGUUUCAAUUUGGUGCUUUACAUGACCUUGAUGCGAUCAAUUUUUUGAUCCCCUUGGUGUUUAAGAAUCAAUUUUGAGUUAGGGUUGUCGCUUUUGAGCUUUCGAAUACUUUAAUUUUGUCUUAUUUGAGAAAAAUUUGGGAUUGCUUUGUUGGGGCUAAGUUAAGUUGAUGUUAUUGGAAUGGAUAACUCGAAUUAUUCAAGGAAUAGGCAGAAUGAUAACUUGGGUGUGAACAAGAUUGGAAAAAAUAUAAGGAAGGACUCAUUUCACCAACCCAAUUUUGCUAAUACCACCACUAGGCAACAACCUCAACCUCAGAUUUACAAUAUUAAUAAGAAUGAUUUUAGGAAUGUUGUUCAGCAGCUGACAGGUUCGCCGUCACAUGAACCUUUGCCUAGACCUCCAUACAACCCGCCUAAACCACCUAGUUUGCGGUUGCAGAGGAUCCGUCCUCCCCCUUUAACACCCUUAAACAGACCACAAAUUCCCAUUCAUCCUCCACCUCCAGCUCAGGCUCCACCUCCUCCCACAGCAGUUGUUCCGUACAACAAUGCCUUUCCUAGACCUGCCCAAUUUGGCCCACCAUCACCCACAAUGUUGCGACCACCCGGUGAUUCAGUUUGGGCAAAUACACCUGGUGAAUCUCCUAUCUCGGCUUACAUGCGAUACCUUCAAAAUUCAAUUCUGAAUUCAGGUUCAAGACAAUCCCAGGAUCAACAUCAGCCACAACCUCAAGUUCCAGGUCAUUUUCAUGCUCAACAGCCGUCACCUGGUUUACUUCCUAACCCAGGUGUGCCUCCUCUCCCUUCUCCGCGAAUGAAUGGUCCUCCUUCCCUUUUACCCUCUCCUACUUCUCAGUUCCUUUUGCCAUCGCCUAGUGGUUUCUUGAAUUUGUUCUCUCCGCGGUCACCUAAUCCAAUACAUUCUCCCAGGUAUCAGUUUCCUCCACCAUUCACACCAAAUUUUUCAUUUUCUCCCAUGGCUCAGUCAGGGAUUUUGGGUCCUGGGCCUCAACCUCCUCCUUCUCCUGGCACUGCAUUUCCAUUAUCUCCUUCGUUUUUCUCCUUUCCAAGCCCAAGAUGGAGGGAUUAAUAGUUGUAGAUGGAAAGCUGUUAAUCAUUUGUGGUAUUAUUUGCUGGAUCCUUUAUCUGGAAAUUGUCCAUGCUGAUUCAUCUCCUUGCUUAGGAGGUUCACUUGUGAAAAUGUAAUGAAUAAUGGCAGUGUAAGAUGUCCUCUCAAGAGUAGGUAGUUUUGUUUUUCUUGCUUUUCUUUUGUUGAUACUUAUACCAAGGCUUGUUUCAAGCUGAGGAAUCUGUAAUAGCUGUAGUCUGUUUAUUUUCUUGGGUAAGUUUUACUUUUGGUGAUUUAGUGAGGAUUGGUGAACUCGUCCGGGAUCUUGGACAAAGCUGUAAUGUGAAAGGAGGUAGGGUUAUGAACACUGAUAUUUAAUAUGUAGUUUUUAGUUCUUGUAAUAUUGUGGACUCAAUUUUUCUUAGUUUGAAUUAAUUUUUUUUCAA